UUUGCGGUAGUAGAAUGCUAUCCCGAGCUUUAAGCAAAUCCCUCUCCUGUGGAAAUCCACUAGUGUCGGGUUUCACUGGGAGCUAUUGUAGUCGUCUGUGUUUUCAUCAGAGCGCCGUGUGUAAAGUUGCUUCGCAAGCUGAACGUGGCUUCAAACCGGCGAAGGUGGCUGUUGUGACCAAAACCACACGAUAUGAAUUCGAGCAGCAGAGAUAUCGCUAUGCGGGACUGUCAGAGGAGGACUUUAAACAGCUGCUUGCACUGAAAGGAUCCAGUUACAUUGGGCUUCUGGAGAGACACAAUAUACACACCAUCAAUGUUGGACAGAUUGUGGACAGCCUACAGAAAGAAGGCAUUGAGGUGCGAAUUGUCAAAAGAGGAGAGUAUGAUGAGGACACAGUACGAUGGGCCGAUGCCAUCAUCUCUGCCGGAGGUGAUGGCACCAUGCUACUAGUUGCCAGUAAAGUGUAUGAUAAGAACAAACCUGUAUUGGGGGUCAAUACAGACCCAGAAAGGUCAGAAGGUCACCUGUGUUUACCUGUGCACUAUACACAUGCCUUUUCAGAGGCCUUACAGAAACUCAGGAAGGGUGAGUUCAGGUGGCAGUGGCGUCAGCGCAUCCGUAUGAACUUGGAGGGCACCGGGAUCAACCCGACUCCAGUGGACCUGCAUGAGCUGCAGCUGAGCCUCGAGCAGCACAGCAAGGCGCACCGCAUCACCACAGAAACUCAGAGCAGUAGGACACACAACAGUCCUGAAAGGCCUCACCUACUGCCUGUCCGAGGGCUCAAUGAGAUCUUCAUUGGGGAGUCCCUGUCCUCCAGGUUGAAGUAUAAAUCCUUCAAACCUCAUCUUACCCUCUCGCUUCAUAGGGCUUCAUACUAUGAAAUCUCCAUCGAUGACGGGCCGUGGGAGAAGCAGAAGAGCUCAGGGCUUAGCAUUUGCACUGGAACUGGAUCUAAAGCCUGGUCCUACAAUAUUAAUAAACUCGUGGAGCAGGCAGUGGAGGAUGUCCUUAGAAUAGGUAAAUUAAAAACAGGUUUGGAUGUUCCUCUAAAUCGGGAGUUCAUUGAGAGUGUGACUGAAACAUACAACGAAUCCCUGAUCUUUGACCCAGAGGAGGACAAACUUUUCUUCAGUAUAAGGGAGCCGAUAGUCAACAGAGUAUUUUCCAAUAGCCGACAAAGAGGUUUUGCCAAAAAGGUUUGUGUCCGCUCAAGGUGCUGGGAUGCCUGCAUGGUGGUGGAUGGUGGGACGUCCUUCGAGUUUAAUGAUGGUGCCAUUGCUACAAUCACCUUAAAUGAGGAGGACCUGUUGCGAACUGUCAUUCUUGAUUAAAUCCUUUGAUACACCAAA